CGAACAGGUGUCUCCCCGCUCCGUGACGCCCUAACCUCGGCGUUCGGCCGUGCUCCGUUUCGCUCCGUGCCGCGCCGCGCCGCGCGCCUCAUUCCGCGCGAUGUCAGGCGUAUCCCACGUUUAGUCGACGACGGACGACAUGCACGCUCGCGAGUGUCUUCCUGAGCCGCGCCGUUAGCCGGGAAUCCGCCGAAGGAGAAGCGCCGGAAGCCCGCUCCUCCGUCAUGUGAUUCCACGAAGGUCCGCCCAAUCAGCAGAAUUCGGUUGUGAAUAUUUCGCCUAGGUCUCUCCUCUCUCCCUCUUCCCCUCUUCCUCUCUCUUCCUCUCUCUGCUAAUCUCCUCGUCCGGAUCCACGUCGUCCUUUGUUACCGCGGAGUCUGCGCGCGCGCCGGAAACCGGGUGAUGAACUCGUGGUGCAAGCGGAAGAUCGGCGCAACCGUUGCAAGAUGUUCCGCUCCAAGAUUCGCAUCCACACGUGUCAAGUGAUACUGCUGACUUCGCUAGUAUGGUUCCUGGUCGACGUCAUGGUGCUGAUGCUCUACUCGGACUGCAUCGGAGGGUCCGGAUGGGGCUGCGCGGAUAACAAGCAGCAGCAACAGCAACAGCAAGCGCUGCAAUCGGACGAAUCGCCUCUGCUUCACCCGAAAUCGCCGAUGAGGGAGGCGCAACUAUUGAAGUACGAGUCCAACAACAAGAGACAGUAUCCGGAGUCCAAGUUGCACUUGUGGCGACCUGCGAAGGUCAUCAGGGAGAGCAAGGGUAGCCCAGGCGAGAUGGGGGCGGCGGUGCACAUCGCGCCGGAGAACGAGGCCAAGCAGCAGGAGCUGUUUAAGUUGAAUCAGUUCAAUCUGAUGGCCAGCGACAUGAUCUCCCUGAACCGAUCGUUGAAAGAUAUCAGGCUGGAGGGCUGUAAGAAUAAAAAGCACCCCAAGUACCUACCUGACACGAGUAUCGUGAUAGUUUUCCACAACGAGGCGUGGACCACGCUGCUGAGAACGGUCUGGUCCGUGAUAAACAGGUCUCCCAGAUCGCUGCUGAAGGAGAUCAUCCUCGUGGACGACGCGAGCGAACGUGAGCAUCUGAAGCAAGACUUGGAGGACUAUAUAACCACGCUGCCCGUUCCCACGUAUGUGUACCGCACCGAGAAAAGGUCGGGCCUGAUAAGGGCGAGGCUUCUGGGGGCGAAACACGUGAAGGGACAAGUAAUCACGUUUCUGGACGCGCAUUGCGAGUGCACGGAGGGCUGGCUGGAGCCGCUGUUGUCGAGAAUCGCGAAUGACCGACACACCGUCGUCUGCCCGAUCAUCGACGUGAUCAGUGACGACACCUUCGAGUACAUCCCGGCCAGUGAUAUGACGUGGGGCGGCUUCAACUGGAAGUUGAAUUUCAGAUGGUAUCGAGUCGCGCAGAGGGAGAUGGAUAGGAGAAACGGCGACCGGACGGCACCGCUGCGAACACCGACCAUGGCUGGCGGAUUGUUCUCCAUCGACAAGGACUACUUCUACGAGUUGGGCGCGUACGACGAGGGUAUGGACAUUUGGGGCGGUGAAAAUCUCGAAAUGAGCUUCCGGAUAUGGAUGUGUGGUGGGACGUUGGAAAUCGCAACGUGCUCCCACGUCGGCCACGUGUUCCGUAAGUCCACCCCGUAUACCUUCCCGGGCGGUACCAGCAAGAUAGUCAACCACAACAAUGCGCGGCUCGCGGAGGUCUGGUUGGACCAGUGGAAGUACUUCUAUUACAACAUUAAUCCAGGAGCGCGAAACGUCGACGUGGGUGACGUCUCCGAGCGGAUAAAACUCCGAGAGAAGCUCAAGUGCAAGAGCUUCCGAUGGUACUUAGAGAAGAUAUAUCCGGAGUCGCCAAUGCCGUUGGAUUACUACUACCUCGGCGACGUAAAGAAUGUCGAGACGCAAACGUGUUUGGACACCAUGGGCAGGCGGACCGGCGAGAACGUUGGAAUUAGUUAUUGUCACGGAUUGGGUGGCAAUCAGGUGUUCGCUUAUACGAAACGACAGCAGAUAAUGUCCGAUGAUAUGUGCCUUGAUGCAGCUAGUCCGCAAGGUCCGGUGAAGAUCGUACGAUGUCACGGCAUGGGUGGUAAUCAAGCCUGGGUUUAUAAUGACGAGACGAAAAUGAUCAGACACACAAACACGGGUCACUGUUUGUCGAAGCCCCACUCGGGCGACGCGUCGCAGCCCGUUCUGGCGCAGUGUGACGCUAACAGCAUCGGCCAGAAGUGGAUAAUGCGCAGCAAAUUCAAGUGGCAAGCCAGCUAAUACGAAUCGAGAGUCCUAUAAACGCGAGAUCUGUAUGCAAUAUUUGUUAAUAUAUAUUUAGUAAUUCAAACGACGAUGAAGCACCGCAACCGCGAGGGACCUUCCGAGUGCGCGUACGCGAGAGAGGGAAGAGAGAAAACGUGAGAGUACUGUAACGAGCGGAGGUGAGGCGCAAGAAGAGUGGACGCUUCACGCCGCGAUCGGUGGCUUUUCGUCUGUGCGUUAAAAAAAUGGAAUUGACAGUGCGCGAGGAACGCGACGCGACGAGACCUCGCCCGAAACGAAAUUGGAAGCGAGCUUAAGUCUUAUUUAAGUCGACAACUCGCGCGAUCCCGCGAGUUAGGAUUUACUUAGCGAUCGACAGCAGUAUCGGGAACUUUACUGCCAUUCCUUGUGGUACGAGCCUCACGGUACGCCUUGAUCAAUGCACCAGCGAGUGAUGGAUGGAUGAGUUUCUCCGACCGCGUUGGUGGACACACAAGUGAUACUAAAUGACGAACAAAAGAGGAAAGAAGAAAGAGAGAGAGAGAGAGAGAUAGAGAAAGAUAUAGUGAAUUCAUUUUCUUCUCUUCUGGCUGGCGCGAGGCAGCAGCAGAGAAGAAAGCAUAUCAGACCACUGUUGAGAAUAAAAAUAAUUGUUAAUACAAGAGAGAGAGAGAGAGAAACAUAUUUGAUAAUUUCGGAUGAGUGCAAUGACGGAUGACUGGCUGUUGGAUCGAUGAUGCGCGAGAUGUGAAUAUAUAUGCUAGAGCGUCGCGACGUCGCGUGACACGGACACCGGAGUGAAUGCUAGUGCGAAUGCUAGUGAGAUCGAUGUGUAAAAUUGCUACCGAUAAUAACGAUAGAUUAUUAUUGUACAAUCCAUUUAACGACUAGCGAGGAGAAUGCUAGAUCUUUUUAUAUUCAUGUUUCCGAUAUAGUUCCUCUCGUUGCAUCUCGUUCGUAUAAUUUAUAACUGUCGCGCAUACGCAUACGUUUCACGCGCGAAGAAUGUACUUAUCGGGAUUCCGGAUAGCAGCGUUAGGACUCGACGUUCAUCAGGUCUUUCUCUUCUUCCGUUUAGUUUAGCCGCCUUGCGAUUAUUAUUAAUUGUCGUUCAAUUAUGGGGACAACGUAAUUUUAGGUAGUACAGUGUCUUCCACGUUUCAACGAUAGCAGAUUCAUAUUUUUCCGAUCGGUCGCAUCACGCGCGCGCAUAUUCGCGAGUUAUCCACGUUAACCACGUCCCUGAGUGAUAUUUAAUCCGUGAUACUUCAUCCGACGUGAGAAAUUGCUCUGGAAACGUUAUACAUCGUCUCGAGCGGGACGCGGAUAGAGCCGAGCUCUCUGCCGCGAACGGAUGAUCCGUCGUAACUUUCUCUUUUCAAGGAAAUCAUUAACUAUUUCGAUACAAUGCACUCUUAUGCAACGCGUCUCAAGAAAAAUGAUCUCCAGUCACGGAUCACGUGAUCAAUCACCCGGCGCAAUUAAAAAUGCAAUAUUAUUCCGCAGGAAAUUGUUCGUUCCAUCAUGCAAUGAUAAAAAUGACUUAUAACUGGAAUUAUGCGAGAUUCCCAAAUGCUCGGCGCUUUUUCCCUCUGGCAUUAUGUAAAUUUCUCUGUCUGGCAUUAUACAUUGUAAUUUUAUCGCUUCAAUAAUUACGUGAAAAUUGUAUAUAUUUUGCUUAGUGCUUAGUCAAGGAUAAAUCAUAAAUCUUUCGUUGGAUACACGGAAGCCUUUACGAGUUUUACGUACGCUUUUGCGAAACAACUUCCAAUAUGACCCUUCCGAUCUUCCCCCGCAGCGACUGCUAUCGAAUGACGAGUAUACUCAUUAUUCUUAUGUAAUCCGAAAGAAUGUUAUGGUGAUGGUGCAACGUUAAUAGUGCUUGCUACAUUUGUCUUCUAAGACUGUGCGGUAUUUAUUUUUGUAUAGAAUCGACUCGAGACUCAUACGUUGAUUGAGAGAUACGCGACAUGUGUUGGUCCGCCGUUACAGACGAGUGACGAAACGUGCGAAAUCACGAUAGUCAAUAGUACCUUCUUGCAAAAUACGUCAUUCCUUACAGGCUAGCUUCGUAACUUCUUUCACCGAGGAAUACCGCUAUUAAUUAUUAAACGAAUCAAAUCGCUGACGAAUGUCCAUUUUCAUCAUUUGCUCAACGAACAGUUUCGCGAUUAAAGGAGGCAGGUAUCGAUUAUUAUAACAACCUGAGCUGCGUAAGCGUAAUCUUUUGAGGACAAUAAAAUUGUUUGUAUAUUCCAUUGGGUUUAUGUAAUACAUGUCUCUAUAAUGUAGCGUCAUAAUUUAAACAAUUUUAAAACGUUUCUCGAAACAAUGUAGUAAAAUUUGUAAAGCGAACGUACGUGUGUGUGUGUAUAUGUAUACACACACGACAUUGAAAUUCAUAACUUUCAAUUCUUUUCACGGACUGUAAUCGAGAUCGAUUAAACGACGACAAUUUGUUUUAUAGUCGUUAAAAUUGUACCACAUAAGUAUUCUAUAGAACCUUACGAGAAUAACCGUGAUCGAUAUAAUUAUAUCUUGUUAGAAUAAAUGAUUAGUUUCGUUACAUAUACGUGGAAAUGUUGACAUUAUUAUUUCAAUACGAUGAUAUGACGACUCCUGUUUAAUAAAUGCAAUUGUUUAAUUC